CUCUUUUUCGAUGGUACUUAUCCUUGCAACCUCUGUUUCCAUCGGAUCUCUUGUAGUCUCUUUGCUGUUUGGAAACAGUUUAAGUUUCUUAGUGUUCACCGGAUACAUUAUUCAUGCUGUUAUGGUCAGAAUGGCAGGCUUGAUUAGCCUGAUCUUGAUCGCGCUGCUGUUUCCGACCGUGUGGAUCCGCCGUAUCCGAGAGUCAGAAACCAGGAAUGAAAUAGCCCCAGGGUAUUCCCAAAACGACACUCCAUCAUGGUAUGAUAGUUAAUUUUAUUGACAGCCAAAAACAGCCCUUAG